CCUUCUUCCAGCAUCCGGGCGCUCUGGGUAGAAGCGGUCGUGGCUGCGCCUGCGCAGAGACUCCAUAGUCCCCACCUCGACCUCUGCAGCUGCCGCUGGAGGAGCCGCUGCCGUGAGCCAGGAGGACCAGCCCCGCGAUUGCAGAGCCGCCCUUUCAUCCAGCAGCAACCAUGUUCGCCUGUGCAAAGCUCACGACCGGCUCCCCGGCAUUGAUGCGUGCUGGAUCAAGCAUCCUAUACAGACCAAUUUCUGCAUCGGUGUUGUCUAGGCCAGAAGUCAGGACUGGCGAGGCCAACACAGCUCUCCUUACUGGAGCUCAGGAUACUGGCAGUCAAUUAGCACUAAGGAAGUUUCAAACUAGUGCUCUCAACAGGGACAUUGACACAGCUGCCAAAUUUAUUGGUGCUGGUGCUGCUACCGUAGGAGUGGCUGGUUCUGGUGCUGGUAUUGGAACAGUCUUUGGGAGUCUAAUCAUUGGCUAUGCCAGAAAUCCUUCUCUGAAGCAGCAGUUAUUCUCGUAUGCUAUUCUGGGAUUUGCCCUGUCUGAAGCCAUGGGUCUCUUCUGUCUGAUGGUUGCAUUCUUGAUCCUGUUUGCCAUGUGAAGAGAGAUAUUCAUAAUUUUGGCAUUAAUGAACUAGAAUGUAAUUCUGUGAACUUGGGCUCGGAUAAUGUCAAUCAUGGAAACGUAUGCUUCUUCCAAAGCAGUAUAAUUAAAGAUGGUAACGAGUUUAAACUCUG